AUGACAUCCUUCCCCAAGUUGCUUGGUCCUGAAAGUCCCCAGAUGGGAACUCAGUUUCUCUCUUCUGUCAGUAUCUGCUUUUCAGAUGAUUCAAUUCACAAAGCGAUCCAUGACAAGAAGAGACCCAAGAAAUCGGAAAUUCAAGCGUCCUUUGGGUUUGCUGUUCCUACAGGUAAGCCCUAUUUGGUCUAUGGUCGGGGUCGCAAGGAAUCAGUGACAGCAGAGACCUUUUCUGCUGAUGCUAUCCGUUUUAAUGCGCCUCAGAUGCUCUCUACAGACAAGUUGCGGCUCUUGAACUCGUCUCGCGUCGGAGCAGUCCUUGGAGUAUUUUUUACUCCAAAUUCUCCUCCGGUUAUUGGAUUUGGCGCUAGUCCUGUUAGUACUACUUUCAAUGGGCAAGAUGCUGUCCAUCGCGGGGCCCCAAAGUGGUCUGAUUGCUUUGAUGCCACUUUGAUCCAGCAAUACUGGCAGGGAGAUAUGAGUGUCCCUACUCAUAGUCUGGUGGUUUUCCUCAGUGGGAAAACACGGUUGAAAAUGCUAGCGUCGCAUCAGGAUUUUGUUCAAGCAACAAAGCCUGCAAUGCUGGUUGGGGACUUUUCCAAGGUCCUUCUGAUUCCUGAUGGAUGCGGUGCCCUGGUGGGCCUUUAUUGGCCAACUUCUAUUUCUUUCAAGGACUUCAAAAAUUCUUUGAGUGGACAUGGUACUCCUUAUGGGAGUUUCUUGGAUUUAUUGCGACGUCAGUCUUCUAUUUUUGAAGAAUGGUUUACGGCAGUGAAUUCAAGUGCUGGGUCCUAUCAAUUGCAAACUACUUCUGCGAUGGAUCUGUGGGCGACUCUGCCUUGUCCUUCCAACCUUCACAGGAAUGGUCUAUUGAACGUUGCUGCCGCCCAACCCCUACGGGAGCAAUUUGCUCGCUAUGUAAUGGGGAUGGCUCUGGUUUGUGCUCUCUUUGGCCCCUGUGGUGUGGACGAUCAACAGGCUAUCAGGCAACGCUGUCAAGUUGGUGCAUGGUUGGAACGUGCUCGGCAAUGCUACCCGCCAGCACUGGGGUAUCAUGCUCCGCCGGAACACUUCGCGUACCUAUCUGUUCUUUACGUCCUCAAUGCCAUGCAAAAAGUGAGGGCUUUCCAAGAACAAAUUGUCCAUGGUACAUCUGCGGGCACACCUGCUAAUCCAGUUGACUUGGUCGCUGAUGUGAAGGAGUAUGACAUUUGCCCGAAUGACUUGGCAACUAGGUUUGCUUCUUCGGCGAAUGAUUCUUCUACUGCAGCAGUCAUGCAAGCUGGCAAUAUUGCUGAUCGUCGUUGCUCUAGUUUGGCACAAGGAAGAUUUGGGGCUGGUCCACAAACGGGUUUGCUGGGCCUUGCUCCGAUGCGGAACGACAUGUUCAACCUGCAGACACUGGCGGCAUCGCUUGGAGUGCGACAGUCUUGUUUUGUUUCAGCUGAUAAAGCGUCUCUUGCAAGUAGGAGCAACCCUAUCUGUGUCUGUUCUGAUGACCGUGUGGUGGCUGGGACUGAUUGGAUGAAAGUUCCGGAACUAACGCAACUCGCCCGUGAUCUCAUUGUGGUAUGGGACCAUGGCCACAAGGAGGCAACGUCGGGUGUCACACGAACAUUGCAUUAUGCACUUCGUUUUCAUACGGAUAUUGCUACGGAUUUUCAACAGAUCCCGCUUCCAUAUGAAGCUGAAUUCGACCUGCUAAAUUUUGCAAUGCAUAAAUCGAUCUGUGAUGUGGCGAGAUGGAAGAUGGGUCGGAAAGUACCACCACCCCCUGUUGGUGGUCCAUCUUGGCACAUUUUUCACUUGCUACCCUUGGUAAACUCUACAUAUGGUGGUACAUGUAUUCCUCCUGGGGGACUUCCAAUUGUUGAUACACAAUUGUUUGGGAAGUAUGUCUUCCUUUUGAUGUUGCUGUUUGGUUCCCAAGAAGACGCAACAAUGGAUCAGAUUUAUGGGGGGGACUACGACGAUUCGGUAUUUUGGGCAUCUCUGUUUGGCCAAAAUCUGCUACAUUUGUGCAAACUCCCUCAGCACACCGCCGUCGUUCGCUUAUGGAGAUGUCGUCCUCGCCAAUGCACUCUCCAGUGGAUGGAAGAUCUAUGUGCUCUGUUUGGGGAGGUUACUGCAAUGGUGCGUUAUCGUUCAGGCGCAGCACCUACUACUUUGGGUCUUCAAGAUGCUACAUUCCAUGGCAAAGAAGAUAUUGUGGCUGGCGCUUUUGUGGUGGCUCCAACUAUGGUGGGACGCCAUGAAUUCACCAAAAAAGCUCUUUUCUAUUUGGACAAGUUCCAGCUGCUUUAUGAACGUGUGGAAAGGAAGUGGGAUCCUGCUGAGUUGGAUGUGAACGGCCAUACUUGGAGUCAUAGUUUUUCUUCGAGUUUCUUUGGCACCGCCAUCCCUCCUAUCCUACCUCCUAGGGGUCCAGAUCCAUUUCGACAUGGUGUCUCUGAUGGGGUACAGCCGUGUUGGAACGUGUAUUAG